UUUGCAUUAUUCAUGACAAUCGAAGAGUGGUUGUGCAACACAAAGGAUAAGAUGUGAAGACUAAGAAAUGGGGGCCGAAACGGAUCUUCAUAGGUUGGUAGAUUUGGCAUUGCGCUCUCCGGAUGCAGGUGUCGUGAACUUCAAUCAUCUUCACUCUCUUCUUCACGCCAUUUUGAAUCACAUCGGCUUGAGUUAUGACCCGCAGAAUGGAGUGCUAAAUACUCAGUCAGCUGCUGCUCCUGAUGAAGGAAAUGACAAAGGUACUUCAUUCGAGCAGUUAAAUGGACCAGGUAAAGAAAUUUCCGACGCUGACAAUUCCAAUCGUGAUGAUAAUCGCCUGGUUCAGACAACAAUUCAGUUGGACCAAAGAGGCCACUUCGACAGUUUGCAGAUGAGGCAACAAAACCUUGAGAAUAAAGUUCAAGAACUAGAGGACAAAUUAAAAAUCCUUGAUAACCUACCAUCCACUCAGUUUAUAAUUGAACAGGCACAAAAAAAUUCAACAAGUGUAACCCAAGAUGAUGGAUCCAAUCAAAAUGUGCUUUCUGGAAUGUGGCAGUUAAUGAAAUUUAACAGCAGGCUCCAGGCUACAGAAGAAGGUAUUGAUAGAAUAAUGACAAUUUUGAAUGAAUUUCUUGGGGGUGAUGGAAAAGGAAUCAGUAGAGUCAAAGGUGAAGUGGAGGAUAUUGCCAGUGAACUAAAAAACCUGAAAGAAAGAUUUCUUGGUCAAAAGCCAUUUGAGGAUGAUAACCUUGGACAGAGUCUGUCUGCAAGGAAAUCCCAUGAUGCGGAGAACUCUCAGUUACUGCAGCAAAGGAUGCAUUCUCUUGAAAAACAACUUCAGGAUAAAUUUGUGACCAAGGAUGACUUGUCAGUGUAUGUUAAAUGGCCUGCCCUACAAGAGGCUUUGAAUGUAAAGAAAUCAGACUUUGAAAGGAAAUCUAAAGAGGAGGAUGGUGUUUUAGGAAAGGAACAAGGCUUUAUGUUAGGAAAUGGGCAGAGCAGUGUUUUGGAAAAGACAUUUGAUCAUCCUGAAAGUGAAAAUAAGGCAUCAGAUACAGAGUCAGAUGGGCGUCCACAGAGUGCUCCAGUGCCAUCUACCCAGCAGACUCCAGUGCAGACACCUGAGGUCCCUAAGACAGCUUUCACAAGGAGCACACAGGUAAAUAUUCAAGAAAUGCCCUCCGUAGACCACCCCUCUCAAGAGAUGGUUGAAUGUCUUAGGCAAAUUGGGGAGCUAUCUGAAAAACAUAGUGUGAUAGAGAAAAAAAUUACUAAUGUCAUGGAAGCUCAGGAAGAAAUGGCUGGAGAGCUGGCCAAAGUGGAAGAGACUCUGCCACAGAAAAUUAGUAAAGAAGAUUUAAACAUUCCUGAGGACCUGCAAGAUCAAUUGGCCUUGCUGAAGCAAGGUUUGGAAUUCCUAAACACAAAUCAAGAUUUGGUAGCACUGGCAGAAAUCAAGAAAAUGGCUCAGGAUAACAAGGAGCGUGUUGAAGCACUUAAGCGUGAACUGGCCAUCUUUGCACGGCAGAGCAAACAGCAAACAGCUUUUACAGGAGUGGUCAGCCAAUCACCUGUUGUGGACAGCAGUGUUCUUGAUGCUCUAAGAGAACAUUUAAAUGAGCUCCAAAAUCAACAGGAAAAACUUGCCAUAGCCACCGGUAGGCAACACUCUGAGGUUAUAGGAGAUCUUUCCAGAAAACAGGAACACAUUGAAGCCUUGUACAACUAUGUUGAAAAACUCCAAGAGAGCAAAGCGGAUAAGGAAAAUGUAGCCAUGGAAAUGGACAUUAAGGCUGAUAAGGCCUCACUGGACAGUAAAGUGAAUAUAUCAACAUUUGAUAAUACGUUUAGCAUGCUCGAUGAAGGGCUCAGAGAAGCACUACAGAAAAUGGAUGAUUACAUGAAUGAAGAAAUGGCAUUAAAACAAGCACUGAAGCAACUGUCUGUUGAUAUGUCAGAAAAGAUGGAUGGCCAAGCUUUCCAGGCACUAAAAAACUACCUGGAACGGCGUAUAGCAGAUGUACAGAAGUCCAGGAACAUGAUUGCCGCAGAAGCAAAAGUGGAUUUUUCGGACGCAGCUGGCUUCCGCAGACCAAUCAAGUUUAACUGUAUCUCAUGUAGUAGACCUGUGGAACUUCCCCUUAGGGGACCCCUCCGGGCCAACCUGCCGGCCCCCAGAGGGGUUCGGACAAAAAGGUCCAAGGGCCCAUAUUUGUCCUAUGAAAUGGACCAGAUUCGUCAGUAUCAACGUGGUCACUACAGCGGUGGUAAGGCUGAGAGAACGUUGAACGACAUCAUUUCCGGUCGACCAUGCGGCGGGAGCCAUACGGUGAUGUAUUUACCAAAGAGACGGACGAGACCUACCCAGCUGAAUCAAGUGUUAGGAGGGCAUGACGAUAAUCCAGAUAUCCCUAUCUGGGGGAGAGAAAAAUCUGUCAUUGACGUACUGAAAGGAUCUGAUGGACAUGUUUAUAAAGGCCGGUUUAAACAGACAAUCCCACCCAUUGGCAAGAACUCCACCUCCCCCCUGCAUGAACACGAAGUGACGUCCCUUAAUAAGGAGGAUUCACAAGUGACGUCAUCACACUCCAACUCGGGCCCCAACUCUCCGCGUAAUAUAGUAAUGGGAGAGCCUGCAGAAAAACCUCCAAAAGAACAACAAGGCAGUCCACGAGAAACACAGCUGGGGAAUCAGUCACGGAGCACUUCACCAAGAACUCGUAUGAGACAUAUUGUGAAACGACACAGCUCCGGCUCACCACCUGCUCCAGUGCCUUCACCUUCUCCCCCAACCGUGCGGGAGACUGAAGCACAGAAAGCUUCACAGAAACAGGAAAGGCAAGGAGAGGACGCCCAGUCAAAGUUAUUUACGCCAGCUGUUCCAAGGCCAUCCCCCGACGGAGCCAGAGAAAACGACGACGGAGAUCCGGGUGGAACCAGAAAUGUUACGGAACCUCAGAUGCUGCCUCCCCGCCCGGAACAUGAAGGUGGAUUCACAACAAGCAACGAGUAACUGAUCGAAACUGGGAGAAGACCAUAAGAGAGAUUCAAAUUGUUUUACUUUACAUUUAUAUAGUAUAUUCCAGAGUCUUGUAUACAUCGUGUAUUCCUGGAGUUACUGACUGAUUAUAUAGUACAGUUAAGAAAAUCAUCCUGAAGACAAAGAUAUUGUAUUGAUACGAGAACAGUUAUUUUACUCCAGAGUCUUUCAUAAUCGGUGGCUAGAUUUAAACAGAGUUUGUACCAAGACAAGCAUUCUAAAAAUAGUAUGGACAUUUUUUAACUAGCUUUAAAUACUGAAAGAAAUUAUGGGAUAUGGAGUUGAAGUUUUGGAAAAAUUGAAAGAAGCACUUAACAACUGUUUUUCUGCUCGAGCCAUGUUGUACUAUUGAUAAACCCGAGAAUGUCUUAGGCGUAGUCUAGGAAAUAGUAUUGAACUUUGUUUAUAAAGGGUGCUUAAACCCUGGAGAAGUUCCUUAUGAGUUGAAAAGUUGAUUGGGAAAGAUGUUAUAUAAUGUUUCAAGUGUUCAGUCGGUAAACCGCGGCGCAGAGCAGCAGAGGAUAGGGGUGGACUCAGGCAGCAUCAUCAGCUGCCUCCUCCUCCCCCUCCCCCCCUCCACUUUUUCCCCCCUGGUUUUAUUGCAAGGCAAUCUGAUGCAAUUGCGCUGCUGGUUAUUGACUGCAACCUUAGAACAAAUUCAAUGAUACAUUGACAUUAUGCAAAUACCAUAGAAAUUAUUUAUCAUUCUUACUAUUAGUACUAUGAUUUUGAGGGCUGGCCCGUUUGAUUUAUUAUAGAGGUUGUUCAUAUCAUCUUAAAAGAAUGGUCUUAACCAUAAUGAGAGUGUUAUUUAUUAUCUGAUAGUCAUUCCCUUUUGAGAGAAGGAUUGAUGGAUUUUUCCUAAUAUUCACAAAGGAAGUGAAAAAUAGAGGUAUAAUUGGCCGUGUUACAGGAGGAAAGGAGUUUGUUGACUUGAGUAGAUGAGAAUCUUUGAAAGUCGUACUAAAUAUUAAGCGCAAGGUGUAAAUUUGUUUGAUCAGUUGUAUUGUAUUUCCCUCAAGGUUGUGAAAACGUUAUGCGUAAACUCCAACCUGUAACUUUGGCCAAUAAAGAUAUGCUGAUAUGCAGCUCUUGAGCACU